GUAUUUUUUUUUCCUUUGUAUGGAUAAUGCGCUCUAAGAUCAUGCUUCUUAGUUUUUUUUUAAUAUUCUAUGUAUAAUAAAGAAAUAAUUUAAUUUCUGUACAGCUAUGCAUUUCUACACCGUUGGUACGAUCGCGAUGAAAUUCUCUAUCUAUCGACGACUAUCUCAAGAAUAAUAAUGUUUUAGCAUAUGAAGAGCAAGGGUCAAAAUUAGAUCAUUUUUUUCCUUAGAGAGCUUAGAGAUCAUAAUACUGUUUAUUAGUUGGUAUACCACAAUCGUGGCAUACCAAGUAUUGUAAUCGUCGAAAACACCGACCACCUCAGAUCGGGCUCAAACUUGAAAUCUGUUUUUUUUAAAGAUUUAACUAAAAUUUUUUAAUUCAAAUUCUUGCUUAGAGAAGUUUUUUUUUUCAUAACUUGAAGUUAAAUAUUUAUAAUCUCAAAAAUUGUAUUAAAAUAUGAAUAUUUUGGGAAAAAAAAAUUGAAAAAAUCUCACAUUUCAUUCUUCGGGAAGUUCUUAAAACCUUCAGGGCAAUACCUGGUGCACAACGUUGUGCACAAGAAUUGCUCAAUAAGUUUGAAAUUAAAUAAAUAAAAUGCAGAAUAUCAAUCAGAUUUGUUAAGAAGAUUUUUUCUAAAUGAAAAUUGUAUAAAAUGGAAAGAUUUCUUGGGCAUCGUCAAGAGAAGUAGUGAGAAUGUUUCUUAAGUGGGUUGUUUGUGCUUUUGCGACUGUCUUCCUUGUUGGGGUGAGUCAGGCAGCCCCACCGGGGGUUGAAUGGUAUCACUUUGGUCUGAUUGCUGAUAUGGACAAAAAAUCCAUCGCGAGUGACAAAACCACCUUUAACAGCGUCCUAAAGAUCGAUGAAUUGCGCCACAACACAAAAACGGAUCAAUACAUUUAUGUGCGUAGUCGAGUGAAGAAGCCCGUUUCCACGAGGUAUGGGUUCAAAGGACGCGGUGCGGAAUUGUCGGAAAUUGUUGUCUUCAACAAUAAACUUUACACAGUUGAUGAUAAAUCUGGAAUUACGUUCCGCAUAACGAAAGACGGAAAACUCUUCCCGUGGGUUAUUCUCGCAGAUGCCGAUGGACAGCGACCCGAUGGCUUUAAGGGUGAAUGGGCUACAAUUAAGGAUGAUACAAUCUAUGUUGGAUCUACGGGGAUGCUCAAGUUCACUUCAUCCCUUUGGGUGAAGAAGAUCACGAAAGAUGGCGUUGUUACGAGUCACGAUUGGACUGAUAAAUACCGAAAGAUUCUCAAAGCUCUAAACAUGCCAAAUGGUUUUGUCUGGCAUGAGGCUGUUACGUGGUCUCCAUUCAGGAAGCAAUGGGUCUUCAUGCCGAGAAAGUGCUCAAGGCAUCCCUUCUCACAGGAACUCGAAGAACGCACAGGGUGCAAUAAAAUAGUGACGGCAGAUGAGAAUUUCAACGACAUUCAAGUUAUUCACAUUCAAGAUCAGCCAUAUAAUUUAGCUUCUGGUUUCUCUUCCUUCCGCUUUAUUCCUGGUACGAAAAAUGAAAGACUUCUCGCCUUGAGGACAGUAGAGCAGGAAGAUCAGGUUAAAACUUGGGCUGUGGUCAUGGAUAUGAAAGGAACAGUUCUGAUGUACGAAAAGGAACUUUAUGACGAAAAAUUCGAAGGUUUAGCAUUCUUUGGUGGUAUUAAAAAGAAUUAAUUUGUUCCAGAAGCUUUUAGAUGAAAUAAUAAAUUUUAUUUCAUUUUAAAAA